UUGGGUGCAAGAUGCGACGCCCCUCUAUCCAUGAUUUUGGACCGGAGAUGCUGGAAUUCAGCUUCUGAAUCUCCCUCUCGGAUUUGAUGGCCCACUACCAAUGCUUAAUCUGUACGAAUAUAUUGUCUUCUCGGUCGAGGAAAUAUAGCCCACCGUGGAAGAUUUCCCCCCCUGACCCUAUUCUUGUAUCAAUCCUCCCCUUCUUCCUCUCUCGCUGCCUCUUCCUCCUUUCCAUUGUCUCUCUAUCAUACGAAUUCUUGACCCGAUUUCGCUUUUCACCACUCCGAUAGACUCAACUUCCUUGACAAUUGGCCAAAGAUGGCUGUCGACAUGGCCGACAAGUCCGGACGUAAGAAGCUCGUGGUGGUCGGGCUGGGGAUGGUGGGCAGUGCUUUUAUGUAU